GAACGAAUCAUGUCAUCGAGUGAAGGCUUCCUCCUUUGGCGGAAGUGAAUGUGUGUGUCCUUCGAAUUAACGUGGGACGCUGCACUUCUCUUGAAAUUGUUUGGUGUUAAAUGUUGAGACUCGAGUAAUCGUGGUAACAUUUUAGUUACAUUGACUGGUGUGGUAGAUAAUUGCCUCAGAGACCAUGCCUCUACACAAGUACCCUCCGCGGAUCUGGGAAAUGUUGAAGAUGAAGCAGGGCAUCUAUGCUCGACUGCCCCAGCACUAUCUGCGAUCGCUUCAGCCGCCCCCACCGACCCCAGUCCACUGGAGGCCUCUAGGGGUGAAAUACAGGCUCAACCCUAAAACUAAAGUCAGAGAGCGCGUUGAGGACGUCCCUAUCCCAAUCUACUACCCACCAGAAUCUCAAAAGGGGCUUUGGGGAGGAGAAGGCUGGGUGACGGGAUUCGUAUAUGCCAACGGCGAUAAGCUGUGUCCUCGUGUGAAGAAGUGCUGGAAGCCACAGCUGUUUCUCAGACAGCUGUACAGUGAGAUCCUGGAUCAUAAGUUCGACAUCACCGUCACUUCCCGAACCCUGGACCUCAUCGAUGCUGCCUACGGCUUUGACUUCUACAUCCUCAAGACUCCAAAGCAGGACCUGAACUCCAAACUGGGGAUGGACAUAAAACGGGCCCUUCUGCUCCGCCUGGCUCGCUGGAACACAGAGCUCUACCCAGAUGACCCCGCCCGCAGGGACAUGGUCUACAACAAGUAUAAGAAGUUUCUGAUCCCUGAAGAAGAGGCUGAAUGGGUGGGACUGAGCCUGGAGGAGGCUGUGGAGAAACAGAGACUCCUGGAGUACAAGGAGCCAACGCCCAAGUUCGUAUCCUGCAUGGAGAACCUGGUGCAGGAACUGGCUGUCCAGAAGCUGUCCGAACCCCAGGUGGUGGAGAAGUGAGGUUCCUCUGCGCUGUACGCCCAGUGCCCCUCGCCCUGCCCCACCCCACCCCACCCCACAGCAGUCAGCGGUCUCUGGGGUUGGGAGACAGACAAAUGCGAUGAAAGACGUUUAUUUAUCCCGCAGUUUCAGCACUUCCUCCCAGGCCUGGUCCGGAGUUAAUCGCUCUGUGCUAACGUCUCCCUGGAUGUGCUAUUCAGCUGGAACUGUGUUUCCAUGAGCCCAUAGAAAUAAAAUCUUAUUUUCCUUCCUUAA